GCCACUUCUACUACUCAAAACCAAAUCAUAAUUGCAACACAGGAAAUGAAGGAAGAUUCAAGCGGUAGUUUUAAUAUAGAUCCUGUCAUUGGUGGCAUUGUAGCUGCGGUAAUACUUAUAACUGUUUUGCUUGUGGUGAUUUCAUGCAAAAUAAGUUCAUGUGGAUUUUUCAAAACGACUAGUAUGGAUAAACAAGAAGUCUCAUUUUCAACAGCAGUUAGUGAACAUUCACAAAAUUCAGAAGUGCGAACAAGUGAGAUAACGACCUCUAACGAAUCAUAUGGCUUAUCUCCAAACAACUCAACCAACGUGUAUGCAGUCGUAAACAAAAUUAAAAAGAACGAAAUCCAAACAACCGAGGACACUUAUAUUGAGACAUCAUUCGGAGAAUAUGAUCGAUUAAACGGGGUAUCGAAACGGAGAACAGAUGCAAAGGAAAAUUUAUAUAACAGUCAUGCAGGUAUUCGUAACGAAAAUGACCCAACAUACGACAGUUCCAACCAUGGAGGAAGAACACUCCAAUUUGAUAACGAUGUGUAUGAUCAUACAGACACAUUAUUAACGGACGGUAGUGACUACGGUUAUUCGUCGACACUCAAAUCAGAAGCUAGAAAUGAAAAUGAUAUAUACGAUAAGGCUGUCUAGCGGCAACAUUUAAUAUCCCAAAAAGGAUUUUGGUAAU